UAAAUCAACCUGUGAAGAAUCUCCAUGAAGGUGACCAGCCAUGCAAUGUUCCUGGAAGGCUGUCCUCCUACUUGCUUUGGCCUCUAUAGCUAUCCAGUACACAGCCAUCCGCACCUUCACAACCAAGUCCUUCCACAGUUGCCCUGUACCCAACCCAAUGAACUGCAGCCUGAAUCAGGAGACUGAAUCAGCUGACAGACUUUGUGAUGAAAGCCCCACCUUUGCAUAUAAUCUUUCCAAGAAGACACAUGUCCUCAUCUUGGCCACAACCAGAAGCGGUUCCUCCUUUGUUGGGCAGCUCUUUAACCAACAUUUUGAUGUCUUCUAUUUAUUUGAACCCCUCUACCAUGUCCAGUACACCUUGAUCCCAAAGCUGACACAGACCAAGGGCUCCACAGACAGGCGGAUCAUGCUGGGAGCUGGGCGAGAUUUGCUGAGGAGCCUCUAUGACUGUGACCUCUACUUCCUGGAAAAUUACAUUAAGCCUCCACCAGUGAACCAUACAACAGACAGGCUGUUCCGCCGGGGAGCCAGCAAGGCGCUGUGCUCCCCACCAGUUUGUGAGACACUGACAACCAUUGAUAUUCCACUGGAGGAAGGAGACUGUGUGAAAAAAUGUGGCACCUUGAACCUAACACUGGCAACUGAGUCAUGCAAAGAUCAUGGGCAUGUUGCUAUCAAAACUGUGCGGGUGCCCGAGGUCAGUGACCUCCGGGCCUUGGUAGAGGACCCCAGGCUCAAUCUGAAAAUCAUACAACUGGUGAGGGACCCCAGGGGCAUCCUUGCCUCCAGGAGUGAGACAUUUAGAGAUACUUACAGGCUUUGGCGUAUCUGGGAUGGCACAGGUAGGAAACCCUAUAACCUGGAUGUGACACAGCUCACUACUGUCUGUGAGGACUUCUUGAACUCUGUUUCCACCGGACUAAACCGGCCAGCUUGGCUCAAGGGCAAGUACAUGCUGGUUAGGUACGAAGACCUAGCCAGGAAUCCCUUGAAAAAGACAGAGGAGAUGUAUGAAUUCCUGGGCAUCCCCAUGGACAGCAAUGUGGAACGAUGGAUACAGAAUAACACAAGAGGGGACAGAUCUGCAGCCAAACACAAGUAUGGGACUGUCCGAAACUCAGCAGCAACCGCCGAGAAGUGGCGGUUCCGCCUUUCCUAUGAAAUUGUGGCAUUCACGCAGAACGCCUGCCAGCAGGUGUUGGUACAACUAGGUUAUAAACUGGUGUCCUCUGAGGAGGAGUUAAAGAACCUUUCCAUCAGCCUUGUGGAAGAAAGGGACUUCUUGCCCUUCUGGUAACACAAACAUUAGGGUUUCGUAUUUUAAAUCUGAUACGAGCCAUUUCCUAACUGUUGCCUUACUUUCCCUUUCCCCAUUUACUCUUGAAAUUUGCACUAAUUCUUUAAUGGGAAUCUCAAAAAGAGUUAACAUGAAGAAAGCAUCUCCUCUCAGACUAUGUUAUGAGUAAUGGGUACCGUAAAAGCAAAUUAAAGAAGCAAACUGUGGAUGGGUAGCAAUGUUUACAAAUCACACUCACACAACAAUGUAUAAAAGGAAAAAAAAAGUAACCCUCAGGUUUUCCACACUGAAAGGCACCUGGGGGACUAUACUUUUGCACUGUUUACUUUUACAAUGUAAGAGGUAACUAUAAAUAUAUACAUAUAUAUAUAUGUCUAAUUUAUGAAUAGUGUUGUCACUUCCCGCCUAACUCUCCCUGAUUAUGAGCAGGUUUUACUGUUAGCUGAAUGUGGAAUAUCUCCUUGUUUUUAAUCUUGUUUUGAUAUGUCUGUUUGAG